AUGGCAGAGAACACACGCUUACGAGAAUUAGCACAACGUGUUGACUCCCUGGAACAACAGUUACAAACUGCAGAACGGGUACGCGAGCAACAAUUUCUUGGAUUACAAGAAUCCCACACCCAAUUGCAAGAGUCUCAAGAACGGCAGUUUACUCUUUUAAACCAAAGUGUUAACAGAAUUCUAGAGAUACAACAAGCCACUACACAUUCCAAGAAUUCCAGUUCUGGCAUAUUAGGGUCUGGACCUACACGUAAUGGAUCUAGUACCAGUGAUCACGGUCAAAAUAAACAGCAUAAAGCGACUUUUCCACGCUUCUCCGAUGGUGACCCGUCGGAUUGGAUAUUUAAUGCCACUCGGUAUUUUGAAUAUUACAAUAUACCAGAACAUGAACGUUUGCUGCUCGCCUCUUUCAAUCUAGAUAAACCGGCUUCAACGUGGUUUCAAGGGCUAUUUAAUGAUGGCCUUUUGCAUAACUGGCCAACGUUUGUCACAGCAAUAAUGCAGCGAUUUGGGCCCUCUGCAUUUGAUGACCCAGCUGUAGCCCUUGCCAAUCUACAACAACAGGGUACUGUUAGCGCUUUUCAAUCUGCAUUUGAAGCCUUGGCAAGCCGUGUUCCUGGACUCUCUCCAACAAUGCGACGCGCACUAUUCAUUGCUGGGCUUAAACCACAUGUUCGCCGCGCAGUACAAACUCAGAGACCGACGGACGUUCAUUCUGCUUUCUCAUUGGCAAAAGUAUUUGAAGAUCAUUUUGCUGACACACAUUCAACAGCAAAACCUAAUCGGCCAUGGCAUUCUAGACCAUCAUUUUCUCAAUCUUCCCACUCUAACACCAACCCAAAUCAAAUUGUCCCUUUUUCUAAAACCCCAUCACAACCCCCCUCACUCCCUAUCAAGCGACUUUCUCCAGAAGAAAUGCAAACAAAGCGGGAAAAGAAUUUGUGCUACAAUUGUGAUGAAAGAUAUGUUUUUGGCCAUAAAUGCAAAGGAAAAGCUGCCUUAUUAUUCUUUGAAGGCACAGACGAAGAUAACCCAACAUUGGAUCUGGAUGUUUCUGCACAAGAUCAUUCGGAAUCAUCCAAUAUCCCUGUGACGGAAUCCUUUUCGAAAAUUAGUCUUCAUGCUUUAUUUGGGAGUUUUUCAUCCAGAUCUUUUCGACUGACAGGAUGUGUUAAAGGAAAGCCAGUACAAGUUUUGAUUGAUGGUGGAAGCACACAUAAUUUUAUCACAGAGCGAAUGGCUUAUCAUGCGGGUCUUAUUUUACAGUCCAUUACGCCGUUUAAUGUACAAGUGGGCAAUGGUGAUGGCCUUUUAUGCACUGCCAUGUGUAGCGAUGUCCAACUAGUCCUCCAAAAGCACACCUUCAACCUGGACUUAUUCGUACUAGAUCUUAAAGGAGCUGAUAUAGUCCUUGGCGUACAAUGGUUGGCUACCCUUGGGCCCAUUAUGACAGAUUAUGCACAACUAUUAAUGACUUUUUCCCACAACGGUAUGUCUAUUAAUUUACAGGGCGAUCCACCUAACCUUCCCACCGCAAUAUCCUCCUCCACACUAGGUAAACUUAUGUCCCUCAACACUAUAGCUUCAUGCCUUAUGUGUUUUGCUACCACCACCACAAAAGCAUCAUCCACAGUUGAACACACUUCCAGCCUAAACCACCCAAUAUCAGACAUACAAUCCUUGCUUCAACAAUACCAUGAUGUCUUUUCUACACCCUCAACUUUACCUCCAGACCGUACCCAUAACCAUCACAUCAACCUAUUGCCUAACUCCAAACCUGUCCAGGAUGGAACAUGGCGAUUUUGUGUGGACUAUCGCGCUUUAAAUUCCAUUACAGUCACGAAUAAAUUUCCAAUCCCCACUGUAGAUGAGUUAUUGGAUGAAUUACAUGGUGCCACUGUGUUUUCAAAAUUGGAUCUCCGAUCUGGAUACCAUCAAAUAAGGAUGCAUCCCGAUGAUGUCUACAAAACUGCAUUCAGAACACAUCAUGGUCACUUUGAAUUUCUUGUUAUGCCUUUUGGUUUGUCUAAUGCACCAUCUUCUUUUCAGGCUACAAUGAACGAGGUCUUCGAGAAAUUUCUCAGACGUUUCGUGGUCAUUUUCUUUGAUGAUAUUCUUGUUUUCAGCCCAACCUUGCCAGAUCAUAUUAUUCAUCUACAGCAUGUUCUGGCAACCCUCCGCACUCACCGCUUAUUUGCCAAAAUUUCAAAAUGUUCAUUUGCAUCUGAUGCUGUGCAUUUUCUGGGGCAUAUUGUGUCUGCUAAUGGCGUAUCUCCAGACCCCGAAAAAGUCCAAGCAGUUAAAGAAUGGCCAACACCAUCUUCAACAACUCAAGUAAGAGCUUUCUUAGGUUUAUCGGGAUAUUAUCGGCGAUUUAUUCGCCAGUAUGCCAAAAUUGCUGCUCCUCUUACCGAUUUGCUUACCAAAGGAAAGUUUACUUGGACAACAGCAGCUGCUGAAGCAUUUGAUUGUCUAAAAAAGAAAUUGGUUGAAGCUCCUAUCCUUGUUCUACCAAAUUUUAAUAUUCCUUUUGUACUUGAAACGGAUGCUUCGGGUACAGGUAUUGGUGCUGUUUUAUUACAGGAAGGUCGUGCAGUUGCUUAUUAUAGUAGCAAAUUGUCUAAACGCAUGCAACAACAAUCUACUUAUAUCCGUGAGAUGUUCGCCAUCACCUCAGCUGUGGCCAAGUGGCGUCAAUAUCUCUUAGGAUCCCAGUUCAUCAUUAGAACGGACCAUAAGAGUCUGCAUAAUCUGAUGUCCCAAACUAUUCAGACACCAGAACAACAACAAUUUUUAGCCAAAUUGUUAGGUUAUAAUUAUACUAUUACUUUCAAAUCUGGUAAAUCAAAUGCUGCGGCUGAUGGUCUCUCACGUACACUCCAAGGGGAUGUUGGGACCCCCUUCUCUCAUUUUACCGUCCUCACUGCACCGUACUCAGAUUAUUCUUCACUAUUACAGUCUGAAUUACAGCAGGAUUCCUAUGCGUCUACGAUUAUGCAAAUACUGGAAAGAAUAGGGCCUGUUGCUUACCGCCUACUACUACCACCGGAUGCUAAAAUCCAUCCUGUCUUUCACAUCUCGCUACUGCGAAGAUAUUUUCCGGCGAAGGAUUCAGCUCAUGUUGCAUUUCCGGUGCUACCUUUGCUACCGAAACUACAUCAUACACCUGCCGCAAUAGUGUCAACUAGAACCAUUUACCGUCAGGGACGUCAGAUUCCACAAGUCCUGGUCCAAUGGACAGACCUUCCCCCAGAUGCGGCGACUUGGGAAGACGAAACAGAGGUGGAGCUACUCACACCACCCUUGACCGAUGCUGACACAGCAGCACCACAGCAAACACUAGACCCACUGGACACCAACACCGCCGUCUCAGAGAAGGCCGCCGGGUUAGAACCACCAAUUUCGCAAGGAAAUAGUGCUUCUGCAAUACAGACAUGCAAGCAUGUACUUAAGGAUUCAACAAUUGAAGACUCUACAUCUGCUACAACUCAGAGUACGCGUCUCGAGGCUGACUUCGCUGUUGCCAAUACAGCCCCUCAGACUGCUAAGAUAGGACCUGAACCACCUUUUCCACUGACCAAUCAGAUUGUAGAAUCCAGAUUUCCAACCAAUCAAAAUGUGAAGAGUGUGACUAUUGAUAAGCUUCCUUCCCAAUCGAUCACAGACGUCCAUAUUAAGAUAGACCUUGAGGACAAGUUACGCUUUCAGCAAUUGCAAUUAGAUUAG